GAGAAACACUUUACUACUGUCAUACCCCACUACAGUCAAUAGUACGACUUCGCCUCCAGACCUUGGGUUGCUUUUUAUAGUCUUACUGUUCUCCAAUCGACCUGCUUGGCAUGGUAGAAUUUGAAGAAACAUGCUCCCGCCAAUGUAGCUCGGUUGGAUAAUUACGAUGGGCAAGUCCGACUACCACGUCAAGGUAGCAGCUACUGUCGGGUAGUUGAAGUUACUAAAACUCUGCAUGUGUUUCCGUACAUACGCAAUCUAAAACAAGGUCUUAAAGUCGUACUUAAACCAUAUUUGUGUAGUUAGUUGGCCUUUCUUAAUUGAUAAGUUAGUCAGGAUUUUCACGCUGGUUUUAUUAGAGUCGAUAUUGUCAAAAAAUUAUUGUAACAACUGUGAGGUAUUAUUGACCAUGCCAGUAACAACAAGCAGGUUCCCCACGUGCAAAUUGUUAUGUGAAAAACUUCAUACAAGAACAUUUAUGCAGUGUUCGCUUUUUAUUAGGUAGUCAAUCAUCCGUAAAAUGUGUGACGAGUAUGGUGGUGCAGAUGAUUUUGAAUCAGAUGAAGAGCCUCUGGACGAGGUGCCAGAAGACGACUUAGAUACGAAACCAGAUGGUGUUACGUAUAUCACAUCUGAUGAAGUACCUCGUUUGUCAGGUCAAAAUGUGGCAGCCCCAGUAGAAAAAAGUAAACGAAUCACUACUCCGUAUCUUACAAAAUAUGAGCGCGCUAGAGUUUUAGGUGCGCGAGCUCUGCAACUAUCAAUGUCUGCCCCUGUUAUGGUUGAGUUGGAUGGUGAACGAGAUCCUCUAAAAAUUGCUGAAAAAGAAUUAAGAGCUAACAAGAUACCUAUCAUUAUUCGUCGUUUCCUUCCGGAUGGGAGUUUUGAAGACUGGAGUUUAGAUGAACUUAUUUUGACAGAAUAA